GGAGGAGGAGGAGGGUGAGAGAGAAGCUCGGAGAGCAGAGAAAAGGGGGCACCGGCGCCCCCCCCGCUUCCCUGCACGCGCUCGCCGCCCGCCUGCCGCGGUCACCCCCGGGCUUCGUCCCUCUCUGUUUCCCCCCGCGCGAGGCGAUCCGAGCGAGGAGCGAGGCCCCGCCGGGGGCGGCCAUGCGGCGGUGACAGGAGCACGGCCGAGACGCACGGGCCCCCCUCGCCCUCUCACCUCCACCCCGUUCGCCAGCUCGCCUCAGCCGAGGCCCCUCCGGCCUACACCCGCUUGCUGUCCGCAUCCCCCCCUCCCCAACCCUCCCGGGCUGCACUUCGGGAAUCAUGGCCCAAGUAGCGAUGUCCACACUGCCUGCUGAAGAUGAGGAGUCCUCGGAGAGCAGAAUGGUGGUGACGUUCCUCAUGUCUGCCCUGGAGUCCAUGUGUAAAGAGCUGGCCAAGUCCAAGGCUGAGGUGGCCUGCAUCGCCGUGUAUGAGACGGAUGUGUUCGUUGUUGGAACUGAAAGAGGACGCGCUUUUGUCAAUACCAGAAAAGAUUUCCAAAAAGAUUUUGUCAAAUAUUGCGUUGAAGAAGAAGAAAAGGCUGCAGAGAUGCAUAAGAUGAAAGCUACAAGCCAGGCGAAUCGGAUGAGUGUGGAUGCUGUCGAAAUUGAAACACUCAGAAAAACAGUGGAGGAUUAUUUCUGUUUUUGCUAUGGAAAAGCUUUAGGCAAGUCCACAGUGGUCCCUGUGCCCUACGAGAAGAUGCUGCGUGACCAGUCGGCUGUGGUGGUGCAGGGGCUCCCUGAGGGCAUUGCCUUCAAGCACCCUGAACAUUAUGACCUUGCAACUUUGAAGUGGAUUCUGGAGAACAAAGCAGGGAUCUCAUUCAUCAUUAAGAGACCUUUCCUGGAGCCGAAGAAACUCCUUGGUGGCCGAAUGAUGGCAUCAGAUACUGAGAGGACCAUCCUGUCGCCUGGUGGAAGCUGUGGCCCCAUCAAAGUGAAAACUGAGCCCACAGAAGACUCUGGCAUUUCUCUGGAAAUGGCCGCUGUGACAGUGAAGGAAGAGUCAGAAGACCCAGAUUACUAUCAGUAUAACAUUCAAGCAGGCCCUUCUGAAACUGGUGAUGUUGAUGAAAAGCUUCCCCUUUCGAAGGCUUUGCAAGGGAGCCAUCAUUCUUCAGAAGGCCACGAGGGAACAGAAGUGGAAGUGCCAGCAGAAGAUUCUACUCACCAUGUCCCUUCAGAAACAAGUGAGGACCCUGAAGUUGAGGUGACCAUUGAAGAUGACGAUUACUCCCCGCCCACCAAGAGGCCAAAGAGCAGUGAGCCGCCCCCGCCUCCACCACCGGUCCCAGAGCCCACCAAUGCUGGCAAGCGCAAAGUGAGGGAGUUCAACUUCGAGAAAUGGAAUGCGCGCAUCACUGACCUGCGGAAGCAGGUCGAGGAGCUGUUUGAGAGAAAAUACGCUCAAGCUAUAAAAGCCAAAGGUCCGGUGACGAUCCCAUACCCUCUUUUCCAGUCCCAUGUUGAAGAUCUUUAUGUAGAAGGGCUUCCCGAAGGGAUUCCUUUCAGAAGGCCAUCGACAUACGGCAUUCCUCGCCUUGAGAGGAUAUUGCUGGCCAAGGAGAGGAUCCGCUUUGUGAUUAAGAAACACGAGCUUCUGAACUCUACACGGGAAGACUUACAGCUGGAUAAGCCAGCGUCCGGAGUGAAGGAAGAGUGGUAUGCACGGAUCACCAAACUGAGGAAGAUGGUAGACCAGCUUUUCUGCAAGAAAUUUGCUGAGGCCUUGGGGAGCACAGAAGCCAAGGCUGUACCAUACCAAAAAUUUGAGGCCCAUCCCAAUGACCUCUAUGUGGAAGGACUUCCAGAAAACAUUCCUUUCCGAAGCCCCUCGUGGUAUGGAAUCCCAAGACUGGAAAAAAUCAUCCAAGUGGGCAAUCGAAUUAAAUUUGUUAUCAAAAGGCCAGAACUCCUGACUCACAGUACAACUGAAGUGACUCAGCCACGGACGAACACACCAGUCAAAGAAGAUUGGAAUGUCAGAAUCACCAAGCUUCGCAAGCAGGUGGAAGAGAUCUUUAAUUUGAAGUUUGCUCAAGCUCUUGGCCUCACAGAGGCAGUGAAGGUGCCCUAUCCUGUAUUCGAAUCAAAUCCAGAGUUUCUGUAUGUGGAAGGGCUACCUGAGGGGAUCCCCUUCCGAAGCCCCACCUGGUUUGGGAUUCCACGCCUGGAGAGGAUUGUCCGUGGGAGCAAUAAGAUCAAGUUUGUCGUUAAAAAGCCUGAGCUAGUUGUGUCCUACCUGCCUCCCGGGAUGGCCAGCAAGAUCAACACGAAAGCACUGCAGUCCCCAAAGCGACCACGAAGCCCUGGGAGCAACUCCAAGGUCCCUGAGAUUGAGGUCACUGUGGAAGGCCCCAACAACAACAGCCCUCAGACCUCCACCAUUCGAACUCCAACCCAGACCAACGGUUCAAAUGUUCCAUUCAAGCCUCGAGGGAGGGAGUUUUCCUUUGAGGCCUGGAACGCCAAGAUCACUGACCUGAAGCAAAAGGUGGAAAACUUGUUCAAUGAGAAAUGCGGGGAAGCCCUUGGCCUUAAGCAGGCUGUGAAAGUGCCGUUCGCGCUGUUCGAGUCCUUCCCGGAAGACUUCUAUGUGGAAGGCCUACCCGAGGGGGUGCCUUUCCGAAGACCCUCCACAUUUGGCAUUCCAAGGCUGGAGAAGAUACUCCGGAACAAGGCCAAGAUAAAGUUCAUCAUUAAAAAACCUGAGAUGUUCGAGACGGCCAUCAAAGAGAGCACCUCUUCCAAAAGCCCUCCGAGGAAGAUAAACUCAUCACCCAACGUUAAUACUACUGCAUCAGGUGUGGAAGACCUUAACAUCAUUCAGGUGACAAUUCCAGAUGACGACAAUGAACGACUGUCCAAAGUUGAAAAGGCCAGGCAACUUCGUGAGCAGGUCAAUGACCUCUUCAGCCGGAAGUUUGGUGAAGCUAUUGGGAUGGGCUUCCCUGUGAAGGUUCCCUACAGGAAAAUCACCAUCAACCCCGGCUGCGUGGUGGUGGACGGCAUGCCCCCCGGGGUGUCCUUCAAGGCCCCCAGUUACCUGGAGAUCAGCUCCAUGAGGAGGAUCCUGGACUCUGCUGAGUUUAUCAAGUUCACUGUCAUUAGACCAUUUCCAGGACUUGUGAUUAAUAACCAGCUCGUUGAUCAGAAUGAACCCGAAGGCCCUGGGAUGCAAGAGUCCGCUGAGGCGAGCCAGUUGGAAGCUCCAGCAACAGAAGAAAUUAAAGACACGGAUGGGAGCUCACAGAUCAAGCAGGAGCCAGACCCCACGUGGUAGACCGCGUCUCCAGGCUCAGCUUCCGGCGUGAGUGGUGGAGAAGAGCUUUCGGACGCGCCCUGCCAGCUCUGUAAUAUACUGUAUAACAGAAAUACCUUCUAUACAAACCUUCUUUUCUACUUCUAGAUAGAAAUGUCUACUUUCUCAGCAGUCCUGUGAAUCGAACUACGCAGCAUGAUGAGGUGCGCGUGCCUGGCUGGCUUGGGAAUGCACUAGAAGGAUUUCGCAGCGGUGCUGGAGAGAGAUAGGGAAUGGCAGGGACAACUUUUAGAUUUUUUUUUUUUUUUUUUUAUAUAUAAAUGCGUUGGGCAGAGCCUUGGGCUGUGGCGCGUAUUCCAGUCAGUGGAGAUGUUCCUCCCGGGCAUCUUGGCUUCCGCAGCGAAGAAAACCCUUGUGCUAGGCAGUGCUUUAGUUUUUCUAUUGAAAAUCAUUUCUGUGACCUUGCACUCGGCUCCCCUUCCGGCCUGAGGGAGGGCUGCUGUCUCUCCGUCUGACUAGGGCCUUCGCCUGAGCUCCAUCAUGGUUCCUCUGUUUUGACGUAAUUAAAAGCCAGGCCGGCCAGUGAGCAGCCAGUGUCUCCACGUAGAGAAUGCUCUCAGAGCCUCUUGUACCCUUACUUUACUGCAAGUAAUCUGGGUGUACCCUGAAGAGGCCGGAGGUCAGGUUGCUUGCUGUAGCAGCUGGAUGACUCGGCCUCCCCACCUGGGACCCACAGUGGCCUGUGUGGGUGCUGUGGGGCGCAGCUCUGAGCCGAGUCAGGCUGGGCUGUGGGGAGAGACGGGCAAGGUCUCUGCACCUCGGUGUUCCCACCCUAAGGCCUGAAAGCUGAGGCUCGCAGACGACGCAGCUGUAUAAAGUACCAGCUCUCAGAAGGUAGAGGAUGCGAAGGCACAGUUGGCAGUAGCGCCACCACGGUGUUCACAAUGGGAAAUUAUAUCACACGGUAGCAGAGAUAGGCAUUUUUAUGUGUUCCUUAUAUUUUACCUCAAAUUGUAGAUAUAGGGUAAUAAAUAAAAUCCAUCCAUGCCUUUCACAUGCAAA